AUCCAAAAUAUGGCAAUGGACAUGCUACGAUAUACCCUGCUAAUAGGCCUGCAGUUGGCUAUUGCCAAAAAUUAUACUUAGAUAUUCUAGCAAUAGUUUCUACGUAUACAGUUACAAUAUCAGAUCCUUCUACUAAAUCGUAUCCAACACGAAUAUAUCAUUUGAUG